CAUAUUUAUUUAUUUAUGUAUAAAAGUCAUCCUCACUUUCUCAUUCUCUCUCCUAUAAGAACAACUACACUUCUUAUCAACACUAUACUUUCUUCCACAUCAUUAUACAUAUUUCUUAGCACAAAGUUAAAUUUUUAUAAUAGCAUUUCACCACAAAAUUAAUGGAGGGAUCUGGAGAAAAUUGGCCUUCUCAUUCUGAUUUGGGUUUAAUUGAUGACGUCAUUUAUGAUGAUGAGUAUCAUUUUAAUGAGAAGGAUUUAUCAGAGAUGAUGCUGGAACUUUCAGCUACCAUUCCUGGCUCGAAUAAGAUGGACGAUGCUUCAAUUUUGGACCAAGCUAGAAGCUAUGUGAAACAACUUCAAGAACGUGUUAAAAAGCUAGAACAAGAUGUUGAACUCAAAAAUAUUUGUAGCAACAAUAAUGGAACAAGUACUGAUAUUUUUCCUGAGGUCAAAGCAAGAGUGUCAAAAAUGGAAGUUCUCAUCACAAUCCAUUGUGAGAAACAAAAUGGUGUCAUGGUCAAAAUAUUGACCCAGCUUGAAAAACUUCGUCUUUCAGUAAAGAGUAGCAGUGUCUUGCAAUUUGGGAAAUCCACAUUUGGCAUCACCAUUGUUGCCCAGAUGGGUGAUGGAUACAACAUUACAGUGGAUGACUUGGUGAAAACCCUCCAAACAGCGAUCUAAACACAAUAGCAAGUACUUGUUGUAAUAAUUCAGUUUCAUUGCAGUUACGGUUGUGGUAUCUUAUUUACAUUGCGUGUGUAGACCCAUUUUAAUUACUCUUAAAGAUAUCAAAAAGUCAUCGUGGGUAGGAUUAAACAUUGAUCGGUUAUGAGUGAGUUCAUAUUCAUAUUAGUCAAAUUGGACUACUUUGAAAAAAAUUGGAUUUAAUUUCACUCAAAACUAUGUUAGGUUUGGCUGGUUCACAAUUGAGCAGUUUUAAGGGUUCUUCCUAUUUGAUUCAAUCACUGGGUCAUCGGUGGAUCAAUUUUAAUUUUUUUUCAGGAUGUUGUUGUUCAUUACACUCUUAAUCUUAAUAUUUCUCUCAAAUCCUAUAAAUUUUUGAAAUUUUUCCUCU